AUAUUUACAGCAGUCGGAUGUUUGCCGAUAUCAAAUAUGAAGGGGGGUAGCUGUCUGGAGGACAUCAGUAUGAGGACAGAUGCAAACCUGCCGCUCCCAGGUUGUGAUGGAGGUGAAUCAGAUGAUGUGAUGGCUGAACAGCGACAUCAGGCUCUGCUGAGAGAGCUUCAGGAACUUGCUCAACAUGAGAUUGGACGAGAGAGCGAAUAUGAAGUGGGCAGACAGGAGCGCGGCUGGCAAAACCAAAACGACGCAAGAUGGAGGGACGAGGAGGAGGAGCAGGAACGAAAAUGGGAGGAUGAACAGGAAGACGAUAAAGAGGAGAGCGCCCGGGAGCUGGAGGAGCUGCUGGCCGAGGAGAUCCGUAAGAAAGAAGCCCUGAAAAACCAGGAGCAAAGACAGGCUGAGCGUGACGCCGAAGAGGAGGAGAAGGAGAAGAGGAGGAGGAACGAGGCGGAGCUGAUGAUGGAGAAGAUGAAGGUGGAAGGUGAGCUGCAGGCACUGAAGGAGAACGGGACCGGGGCGGGAGAGCGGCAGGACAAGGAGGAGGAGCUGGAGGAGGUGCUGAAGAAGCUGGAGAGAGUGAAGGAGGAGGAAACAGAAGAGGGGCGGAAAGAGGAGGAGGAGAACAAAGCUGUGGAGAUGAAGGAGGUGCAGCAGAAACGGGAGAUGGAGAAGGCGAGCGAUGAGAGGACGCGGCAGUUUGAGAAGGAGAAAUACGCCGAGGAGGAGCAGGAGCAGGGAGAAAACGAGGAGCUGGAGGAUGAAGCUGAGGGGCUGGUGGAGAUUGAAGCUCAGUUGAGGAGAGUGGCUACAGAGCUGAGGAAAUUACACAGGGGUUAAACACACACACACACACACACACACACACACAGUACAAGCCAUAAUCUUUGCUAUUCGUCACAAACACUGUCCGGUAAUAUCUCAACAACAGCCAAGUUACUCUCCAUGCUGUGUGUGUGUGUGUGUGUGUGUGUGUGUGUGUGUAUACAAUUAUAUACAGUCUGUUUCAUUCUAUAAACUAAUCAAUAUUUCUGUUAAUCAAACGUACCAUCAAUCAUCCUCCAGUUAUUAGAUUAAUAAUUAAACAAGCGGUUUGUGGUGUUUGUGAUUUGUGCUAUACAUUAUAUUAUCUUAAUAUAUAUAUGCAGUGCGUGUGUGUGUGUGUGUGUGUGUAGUGCUCGGCUCUUACACUGUUAGGACGUGAUCAGACUGUUAGUAGAGGUGCCAGGCCGUAUGCCAGGCCGUAUGCCAGGCCGUAUGCCAGGGCUUUCACAGGGAACAUGCCACGUUACAUAUAGAUUAUAUUAGAUUGUAUUUAUUUUCAUUUAAAGAGGAUGCCGCUAGUUGUGCCACGCUGCCGGUACAGGAAUCUCUGGAAUCGUUGGCUGCCACUACAGAUGCCAAAUGGGCUUACGAUUAGUACUCAGCGCCCCUUUUCCUCCCAAUUUAGUCGUAUCCGAUUCCCUGACGGUAUUUCACCUCUACUGAUGCAGACUCCUGACUAGCACACGCCCCCUCCGACACGUGUGCAGCACCGACCGCUUCUUUUCACCUGCACUGGGCGGGUUGAUAUGGAGAUCCGUAUAGCGCACUGAUCGCCACCAUCUCCACUCCAGUACUCUAUAGAUAGACAGACAAACAUUUACAUUUUCAGCAGACGCUUUUUAUCCAAAGUAUACAAUCUAAGUGAUUGAGGGUUAAGGGCCUUGCUCUAGGGCCCAACUGUGGCAACCUGGCAGUGGUGGGGCUUGAACCGGCAAUCUUCUGAUUACUAGUCCAGUACCUUAACCACUAGGCUACAACUGCCCAUAGAUAAACAGACAGACAGAGAUACAGUAUAUAGAUAGACAGACAGAUAGAGAGAUAGAUAGAGAGACAGACAGGCAGACAGAUAGACAUACAGGCAGGCAGAUAGAUAGACAGACAGACACACAGAGAUAGAUAGAUAGAAUUGAUAGAUAGAUGGAUAGAUAGACGGAUAGACAGACAGACAGAUGCUGUCCAAGCAGUUACCAGUAACCUGGCUGAAGGGCCCCCAGUGGCAGCCUGGUGCUUGAACCAGCAAUAUUCUGAUUACUACUCCAGUACCUGAAGCUGUGAGCUAUAAAACAAUUCAACAUAAAACUAGACCAGGGGGUGAAUAUUUUUUGGCACUUAUUAAAAGUGUACCAGGUGUGUGUGUGUGUGUGUGUGUGUGUGUGUAUGUAUGUGAGUGUGUGUGUGAGUGUGUGUGAGUGUGUGUGUGUGUGUGUUCCAUGUUCCCUAGGAAACCGCCCUGAGCUCUCAGUAUUUAACCUGCCACGGAGGACGACGCUGCUAAGCCAUCAUAACGGACGAUCUCAGUGUUAAAUGUAAUAUUUAUUAUAUUAUUAUAUAUGAUAUUUAUUUCUGUAUUAUCGUGUAUGUAGAGGUGUGAUCCAGGGUAUCCAACCUAAAGCAAUGAAUGAAUAUUAAUCUAAACUAUUUAUCAACGAUGCACUUUUCUUUACCGUCACUAAUCAUGUUUGUAUAACCUGCAAUAUGUGACGUAAAAGCAACACGUGUAUAAACCGUGUAUUUAACAUAAAGACUCGGAGAGGAAAUAAUAAUAAUAUAGUAAUACUGAAUUUUAGAAAUGUUUUGAUGUCGACUGUAUAAUAAUGAUUAGUUUUAUUGAGGAUGGAAGAGUAGACGCUCUCUAAUCUGUUAUUAUUACCUCUGUAUAAGGAAUCAGUCACUGUGUUUAUUCUCACUCGUGUCCCGAUUCACAGCGUCUGUACUUUUGCACUUAAAGCGCCGAGAUUGAGCUAAAACUUGAUUGUAAUAUGGCUAAUAUUAGCACACGGGCCAGAAUCGCCUGUUUUUCAUGCAGUUUUCCUUGUAUAUGUUAGCAAAAUGCUCUGUGCUCAGCUCAAAGUCACUAAUGCAGCAUUUUCUCCUUAGUAAGUCCCGGCCAGCCCAAGCAGUGGCCUCACACCAUGAUUCAGUUCUGAUUGGUUAAGAGGGAGAAAAUAAAAACAACACAAAUGCACAGAAAUGUGUUUAAAUGAAAUCAAAGUAUUAAAUCAUAAAAUUUUUAAAUAAACCUGUAAAAUCAGGAAGGUUAUUUACACAAGAGCUUAACGAUAAUUCUAUAAUCUAGAAUCCUAGUUUGCUCAGAAGCUCAGUGAUUAAAGGGGCGAGUUGCUGGGUACCAUUGGUGUAACCACAUAUGAACUAUUUAAGCUAGCCCAAAUGCUAAUGUUAGCCAUUGAACGUUUGAUGCUUGUAAUAAACAUGUUAAUGACGUUAUUGUUACCUAAUGAAUGAAGGCAAUAAAUCAGACUCACUCGAGUCAAUCAAAACAUGUAAA